CAGAAUACAAUAUGAUCUAGAUGUCAGAACACGCUGGAACUCCCUUUUCCUGAUGGUGGAGAGAUUUCUGGAGCAGUACCCAGCCAUCCAGGCAGCAUCACUUGAUCCACGACUGAGGAAGCCAAUGGAGAAAGACAAACUUGAAAGGCUCACAGAUGAAGACUUCCAAAAAGCUGAGGAUUUUAUUAAAGUAAUGAAGCUGUUGUACACCUCAACCCUCUGUGUUUCCAGUGAAAAGUCCCCCACAUGUGGCCAGAUUCUUCCAAUACUUACUAAACUGAAGGCACAUUUCACUGUGGCUGAAGAGGACACACUGUUUACCAGUGCUUUGAAAGCAAAGGUCUGGGAAGAUUUGGAAAAAUGAUAUCAGGAUGAAGACAUUCAGAACUUUCUUCAGGAGGCUACUUUGAUGGAUCCUCGCUUCAAAGGCAAACUUGAAUGUGCUGCUGAUGCUGCCUGGGGCCGCCUGGAGAAAGCAGCAGUUUGCAAUUUAAAUGUACAAAUGGAGAGCCUUCAGAACAUUGAUGAAGAAGGAUCAGAUGACCCAGAUGAAAAGAAAGCUGAGGAACAUUCUCCAUCUCACAAGAAGCGGGCCAAGAAGUCAGCCCUAGAAGAGAUGUUUGAGGAUGAAGACCAAGAGCUACUUCAGGCAAUGACCACUAAAAAAGGUGCCCUCUCCAAAGCUGAACCGGUCCAGAAAGAGAUUGAGCUCUACAGAGGUCUGUCCUCAAAUCCAUCUGGACAAGACCCUGUAGCCUGGUGGUGGGGGAAGCGGGACAGCCUCCCCAUACUGUCUGCACUAUCUAACACAUACCUGUGUGUACAGGCCUCAUCUACACCAUCUGAGAGGGUUUUCUCCUGUGCAGGACAUGCAAUAAGUCAGGAGAGAAUCUUCGUCCCCAGCAGUCUCCGAUCCACUCUUUUCCAGUACUAUCACUCCACUCCUAUCUGUGGCCAUGGAGGAAUCUACAAGACCUAUAAGCGACUGCAGGAAGUAGCUUUUUGGCCAGGCAUGUGGUCAGCGGUUAAACAAUAUAGUGCCACAGCGAAGAAUGUUGCCUCCAUCUUCAGAAAAGACAUCCUGACACGGUGGGGCGUACCUGACUUUGUUCUUUCAGACAGAGGAGCUCAGUUUGUUUAA